AUGGAGAAACCGGAGUUUAUCAUCUCUCUGCUCCAUUUGAAAUGCGAAAAACGAAAAGUCAAAAUGCUGCAAAAGGUCAUGGAAAAGCGGCUAAAAGGAGCAAUCAAAUCAAAGCCAAGAAAUUACACCUUGCAACUCUACAAAGACCAAAUAAAGUUUCAAGAUCAAAAGGAGGCGAUAUUGUUUGACAAUGUGAGAGAAGUGCGAGAAUCUGAAGAGAAUUUAGUGCUUGUUUUGAGCAGUGAUUGUAAGGAAAAAGCGAAGUGCUCUUUGGCCACAAUGAAAUUCAAGACUGCUGACGACUACGCUAAGGUGCUGUGCCGUUUAAACGGGGCUAUGAAUGCUCGAAACUGUAAGAAUGAAAAUGGUACCCAGCAAGAAGGAAAGGAAUCAGGAAUGGAGGUACUAAGAAAGGAUGCCACUGAACAAGACCCGCGCUCACUACCGAAUCUCUGUCUUCCAAGAGUAAAUGGGAACGUGAGGAAAUAUGCGAGGAAUAUGCGAAAAACCUAUUCGGCGGAUAGAAGUAGUAUGGAACAAGUAAGAAUGAAAGUUUUUGGAAAGCCUAGAUGGAGACAAAGAGAGCACAGAAUAGUACCGUCAGUGGAGAGACGUGUCGUCUGCACUGAGGAUUCAGACUACUCUAGCAGUUACUCUUCUCACAUCGACUUGUUCUCCGAAUUAGGAUGCACUGAUACGGAAACCAGUUCAAGCUACCACUACGAAAAGAAUCGUGGAAACUAUGCACAAUGCCGUCUAGUUGUUCCGAAGGAUAAUGCUUCAAAAAAGUUUAUUCGCGACAGUCUAGGAAACCCAGUUCGUAUUAUCCGGCCAAGAGUAACUCAACCCAGAAGUAUGGCCUACUAA